AUGCUGCAAUCUGUUGUGGCUCUCAAGAAAGGGUUCGAUAUGUUGGAGCUAGAAGAUGAGAAGUAUUCUGUAGAGCUUACUAAGAUCUGCAAAGCUGUACCAAGUGAGAGUGAUUGGGGUUAUGCUGUUGCUUUAUCACCUAUCUUGCAUUAUUUUUUUGAUGCAACUGUAAAUAUUUAUGGGUCUAAAUAUGUAACUGGGAAUACAUAUAUGAAAGAAAUCUUUGGAGUGGGUUGGAUGAUUAUGAAGAUGGACACGAUGGGAGAUGAAUACAAGAAAGCUAUGGCUGAAAAAAUGAAGCUCAAGUUUUAUAAGUAUUGGGGCAAUUUUGACAAUACAAACAUGCUGAUCUAUGUUGCUGCAGUUCUUGAUCCACGAUACAAACUGAGAUGGGUAAAGUGGAUGAUUCAAGGUACUUAUCCUAUCUAUGAGGCUAGUAGUUUGAUUUCCAAGAUCACAGACGCUUUAGACAGAUUGUUCAAAUAUUAUACAUCUUUGCAAUCACAAGAAUCAGUGGGAUCCAAAGGUAAUGCAAAUUCAGGGUCAGAUCAUUCUAAGAACAAUGCAAAGAGUCAUUCAUUGAUAGAUGGUAUGUUUGAUGAUGUUGUGGAAAGUGAAGAGUCUGAUUUAUCAAAGUCAGAGGUGGAGUAUUAUUUGGAUGAUAUUAGAGAGGAUCGAAAGAUUCCUAGUUUUGACAUAUUGUACUCGUGGAAGACAACAAGAUCUAAAUACAAGGUUUUAUCACUGAUGGUAAGAGAUAUGUUGGCUAUACCUGUGUCAAUUGUUGCAUCAGAAUCUGCAUUUAGUGCAGGUAGUCGAGUACUAGAUCGUUUUUGUAGUUCACUCACACCAAAAGUUGUGGAAGCUCUGAUUUGUACCCAAGAUUGGUACUGUGACAAUGAUGAAGAUUUAAAAAUAGAAGAAAUGGUUGCUGAGCUUGAGUAUAUUGAAUCUGAUUUCAUGGAAGAACACGAAGAUGAAUGGGGACAUCAAGAUACAUCACUUGAAUCUUUUGUACUUUUUGCUAUCUUUUUGCUAACUGUUGGUAAUAUGGUGUAUCAAACAUAA